AGCUACAACAAAAAAUUUGGAAUCCAUCCACCGUCUGUCGAUUUAAAAUCAGGAUUAGGAAGUGCAAUGCAAAAAGAACAAAUUUCAGUGUAAUUCUUUCUUAAAUGAGUGAUUCGGACGAUACAGACAUUCUGCUAUUGAUUCCACCCGAUUUGUUCCUAUCCACAAGCCUAUCCGCAAACCGGCUGAAUGAGAGUUUCCCCGAGGAUUACAUCAACAGCAGCCAUAUGUCUACCUCUAAUUGGGAACCAGUUCCACCACCAACAUUAGGCGCUUCAUCUGGUGCAGUGAAUUUUAAUCAAUUCCUGCCACCGACUCAACAAAUCGAGUUGGACAACAUAAAUGCCCGCUUGACCAAUAUUGAAACUAAUUUCUCGCCACCAUCCGACUUGUCCACAAUAUCAAAUAGCACCCAUUGCAAUGGAGGUGAAAGACGAACUAUUCCAAGAACAAAUAUUGUGACACAUUCCACUCCCAAGGAUUUCUUUAAUGGUAAUCCACUACGUGAAGGUGAGGAGUACCAUGGAGUUCUUAAAGAAAUCGAUCAUUUCUUGGAGGACCGGAAGUAUCAUUCAUUGAGGAACUCGAAUAACAAUCGUGACUAUCAUCAUCGGGGUGAUGAACAUCACGCUGCUUCGUUGCCGAAUGUUAUCAAUAGGGGCUCUAUUGAGGAAGAGAUGGCAAACCCUAUUCCUGCUGCCCCUGCGAGGGAGAACUUAGUAAGCUUAAGUGAAAUGUGGAGUAAAAACGCUCCAGGAAAUUUGACACUCAAAGAAGAGCAGUAUCGUCGAUUGCAUUUGGAGAAAACUAUUCGAACUUUACAGAGCAAACUACUGGAGUAUCAGCAGAAAAUUUCAGUAGCUCUGGAAGUAGAUAGAUCCAAAGAUAACGCAUUGAGAAAUGCCCAAAUUGAGAAUGAUAACUUACAUCAAGAAGCCAAAAGACUUAUGGACACUGUGACUAAGAUAGAAAACGAUCAUCAAUGCUUGGCCGAAAAAUAUGAAGUAGUCCAAAAAGAACUGGCUCAAGCGCUAGGACUUGCAGCCAAGUUUCAAGACAAAAAUGAAAAGCUUGAAAAUGAAUUGCAAGACUAUUCUAGAAAAUCGUCGGAAAACAGCAGUUUCUAUAAAAAGAAGAUUGAAGAGUUAGAAAUUAUGUUACAUUCCUGUAAAAAAUCUGAAGAGUAUUCUUCCAGUGAAUUGGCUAAAAUGAAGGACCGUCUUGCUAAGUCUGAGUAUCGAGCAGAUAAAGCCUCUAACCGUUGUGAAGAUUUAGAAUCUCAGUUGGAAACUCUGAAAAGCUACAAGGAGCAAGCUCAGGAAUUAAUGCAAAAGCAUAAAAACCGUGCAGAUAGUUUGGAAGAGCAAAAAAAAACACUAAACGAAAAAGUUUCUUCAUUAACGGAAAAAGAAUCAGCAUUACAGAAAAAACUUGAAAGUCAACGUCAAGGUUUGAAAUUACACUAUCAACAACAACUUGAAAUUGUCGUUGCUCAAAAGUUGAAAGAAUUCCAAGGGCAUUUGGACAAAGUUGAGGAAACUCUGAAGCAAGAGGGACGCGAUCGUGAACGUUUGAUUGCUGAAAGAGCCAUGAAACAAAUGGAAUUGAUAAAUGACAAAAAUGAACAAGAAUUGAAUCUAUUGCAACAAAAACACGAAGAAGAAGUUGAACUUUAUCGACUUCAACUAGCGAAUGCUUCUAAAAAGAUUGCAGAACUAGAAUCAAAACUUAAUUCGUAUAAAACCAAAAGAGCUGAUAUUGCAGAAAAAUUACAUAGCGUAAUGGAAGUGCAGUGGCAAAAGGCUCUCGAAAUUCUAACGAGUCCAAACUCACAAACAUUUGAAAAUAAAGCAGUUUCAACAGAAAAUGUUCAGAGCACAGCUGAAAAUGAACAAUUUGAAACUCCAAAAUCAAGUCGGCAAAAUCGAGCAGCAGACGAACUUACAAAUGCUGAUCGUUUGCAAGCUUAUAUUGAAUUGCUUUUGAGUAAAUCCCCCGAAGAUAUUGAUAAUUUAAAUGAUCUUUUAUCGAAAACAAAACUAACUAACAGUGGAAGUAAAAACAAAAAUCAACAACGUUUAAUCAACAAUAAUGGUAAACCUCCUUGGAAAGGUUAAAAACACAAAUAAGUAUUACUAGAAAGUGCCUAAUUUUGCAAAGAAAACUAAGUAAACAAAAAUGUACUUUAAAAUAAGAUAUUGCUCAACAUGAUUUUAUAUAAAAACUAGGUAAUUCGAUUCGUAGAAAUUCUUAUUGUUUCCAUUUUUAAAAUUUAUAUUUCACAAUUUUCAUAUCAUGCACGAACUUUUCUUACGGGAUCUCAAAAUCAUAAAAAUCGACUUACCUAGUUCUUCCAAUACAUUAUAUUAUAGAUUUAUAAAUUUUAUAAAUGAUACAUACAUAGGAAUAAUGUUUUCCUAAGACUGAACUUUUGAUAAAGCAUAUAUU